GCUACUCGGCAGGCUGAGAUGGGAGGAUCACCAGAGCCUGGGAGGUUGAGACUACGGUGAGCCGUGGUCAUGCCAGUGCACUCAGGCCUGGAUGGCAGAAUGAGAGCCCGUCUCAAGAAAAGAAAAAAAAAACAAAACAGCUUAUAUGAAGGCCAAUCAUGCUCAGACCCAGGCGGAGGUUCCUGCUGACCCAGGCUCUCACCGGCAAAGUGUCCUUUUCUGUCCUCCUGAGGGCGUCUGGAGCUUCAGUGCUGUGUGCUCUGGGCCUCCAUACUGGGGCACCACCGACUCUGGCUGUCCAGGGCUUCCAGUGGACUCGCUGAGGCACUGAUGUCGAAUCUUCCCCAUUCAGCGCACCAAGAGCAGCCUCCCACGGUGUGGGCUGACAUGAAGAGCUGUCAGAUCCAACAGAAAUUGUGUUGGUAACAUUGAAGAGACACUUCUCACCUUCCUGAAAUGCCCUUCAUUAUCUUCUUCAAGUUGAAAGGGCUCUGGCACAGCCCUUGCAGUGCUCCCACAAAGUGACUGGUGAUUGAUGAGAAGUGUAGUCAUGGUGGGUUCAUUGGAACCAGUGGCCGAUGCUGCAUGAGAUGACCUCAGUGUAUGGCCUAAGCCAGUGAUUCUGGACUUCUGCCAUAUUUCAGCAUAUGGAGGGAGCCUUGGGAGGAGCCUAAAUCACUGAUGGAAUUGGACAGUGCAUGGAGAUGGUUGAGCAGGAUGAGGUCCCUGGCCCUACCUGUGGUGCCCCAAACGUCAGCAUGAUAGCAUCUGGCAGGACGUGUUCCAGGAAGACCACAGAGGCAAACUUUCCAGAUACCAUCGAGAAUUCCUACUCCCAGCAGGAAGAGACCAAACCAAAUAUCGGAGCCAGCAAAAAUAGACUUCUUCUGAGUCAGGUGGCUUACUUCCUGAACUACCAACUGAAGACCUACAGAGAUCGAAAAGAUCACGAUGAAGAACAGAAAGACAGAGACAGCAAAAAUAAACUUCUUAUGAGUCAAGUGGCCUACUACCUGGGCUGCCGGCUGAAGAUGGAAGUGCCUGGCUAUCUGUGUUCUGCCCCAAAUGUCACCACGGUGGCAUCAGGCAAGCCUCCUUCCAGAAAAAACACAGAAGUGAACAUUCCAGAAGACAUUGAGAAAUCCUGCUCCCAGCAGGAAGAAAACAAAGCAGAUUUCAGAGCCAGCAAAAAUAGACUUCUUCUGAGUCAGGUGGCCUACUUCCUGAACUACCAGCUGAAGACCUACAGAGAUCGAAAAGAUCACGAUGAAGAACAGAAAUGCAGAGACCGCAAAAAUAAACUUCUUAUGAGUCAAGUGGCCUACUACCUGGGCUGCCGGCUGAAGACGGAAGUCCCUGGCUAUCUGUGUUUUGCCCCAAAUGUCAGCACGGUGACAUCUGGCAAGCCUCCUUCCAGAGAAAACACAGAGGUGAAAGUUGCAGAUGGCAUUGAGAAAUCCUGCUCCCAUCAGGAAGAAAACAAACCGACUUUCAGAGCCAGCAAAAAUAGACUUCUUAUGAGUCAGGUGGCCUACUUCCUGAACUACCAGCUGAAGACCUACAGAGAUCGAAAAGAUCACGAUGAAGAACAGAAACGCAGAGACAGCAAAAAUAAACUUCUUAUGAGUCAAGUGGCCUACUACCUGGGCUGCCGGUUGAAGACGGAAGUCCCUGGCUUUCUGUGGUCUGCCCGAAACAUCAACAAGGUGGCAUCUGGCAGGCCUCCUUCCAGAAGAAACACUGAGUUGAACAUUCCGGAACGCAUUGAGAAAUCCUGGUCCCAGCAGGAAGAUAAACCGAAUAUCGGAGGCAGCAAAAAUAGACUUCUUAUGAGUCAGGUGGACUACUCCCUCAACUAUCGGCCGAAGACAUGCAAAGAUCGACAAGAUCGUGAAAUACAGAAAUACAGAGAAAGCAAAAAUAACGUUCUUAUGAGGCAAGCGGCCUACUACCUGCGCUGCCGGCUAAAGACCAAAGAAGAUCGGAGACGUCACGAGGAAGAACAGAAAUACAGAGACAGCAAAAAUAAACUUCUUAUGAGUCAAGACUACCCGGGCUGCAGGUUGAAGACGGAAAAAAACAACAAAGACGAGGAUGAAGAUGUUCAUGUCGUGGAGGCAGAGAAAAUCCAGGAAUCACGUGCCCCCAGGAAUCUGCAGGAGUCUGUGGAAGAGGAAGCCCCCCAGGAGUCCUGGGAUGAAGAUUAUUCGACUCUCUCAAUUCCUCCUGGCACAUUUGCCUUCAGUGAGCCUUACAGGACCAACCUGCACUCAUUAGAGGAACAGCAGGUCAACUUGGGUCAUGACAUAGACACGAUUAAAAAGGUUGAAGAAGAGGAAGAAGACCAAGGCCCACUGUGCCCCAGGCUCAGCAUGGAGCUGGUGGAAGCAGAAGAGCCUGAAGUCUUCUGGUACUCACUGGAUGUAUUGUAUUCAACAUACACCGCUUAUCUUGAGUUUUAUUACACAUGCCAGGCUUACACAUAUGCCGUUUUCUUAUAUGCAGAAGAGCAUGUUCGCUUGACUUUGGACAUGGACAGUAGGUUUCUUACUCUGACAGUGAUAGGACUCCAUCUGGUCUCCCGGGUAGGGGUCAUAUUUCCACACUAAGACAACGUGUCACACAGGACUCUGCUGGUGCAGAGUAUGAACAACGCCAUGUUCUUGCUGAAAACGCUUAGCCUGAGUUUCAUAGCAUGAGGUAAUCUACAGACAACUUCACAAUGUAGAACAGUGAGUGGCACAACUUACCUGUCUCCUUCAGACAGCCCAUGUCACCACAAAUCACACAACUGAAAGGAGAGGAGACAUUUUUGGUUGAAAAAGAGUAAAAAGAUAAUGUAGCUCAUUUCUUUAGUUCUUUUGAACCCAAAGUGUCCUCACGUUUUUGUCGUUGUCGUUGAUGGUGGUGACAUGGGCUUGUUUGUAGAGGACAGUUCAGCUGUCUGGCUCAAUGGUCUGUACUCUGAAGUUGUCUGAAAAUGUCCUCAUGCUUAAAUUCAGCCUAAAUGUUUUCCCAGGAACACUGCAGGGUCAAUGCUACCUCACCCAUCUGCAGGUAGAGAAGGUCCCGUGUGUCUACCACCAUGAUCGUGAUACCAGGACUUUUCCACCAUUUGUCUAUCACCAUGAUCAUGACGCCAGAUCUGUACCUUUCAGAGACACCUUAUUUAUACGGAUAUAUAUAUAUUUAUUCAGAGACACCUUAUUUAUGCAGACAUAUAUAUUCAGAGAACCUUAUUUAUACCGAUAUAUAUAUAUUUAUAUGGAAGUAAUUGGAAAAAUGGUUUUUAAAAGUAUUAAUAUCCUGUAUUGAAAUGAUCAUCUCUCAACAUUUUAUUAUUCACUAAUCAUCCCUGGCUGUGUCAAUUAUUACAUUUACAUCUCUACAUUGGAAAUUUUAUAUUAUUACUGUAUCUUUGCUUUUGCUAGUUUUUGUUGUUGAACCAAAAAAUUCCCUGCCUGCAUUUCAAUUUUUGCCAAAGUUAAUUUUAAUCUAUACAAUGAAAAGUUUUUUCCUUAAGAUAAGACUGUCAGCACCUAAGGCCACAGCAAAACAGAGCCUUUGUUUGCUAAUUUUUAAGCCUUUGUUAAUUUCUGGCUGAGGAGAGAGGUAGUUUAUUUAAUUAGCUGCUAAUACCUGUUUAAGUGAGCAGCCAGAGAAAUGUCUAUCAGACUAAGGAUAUGCAAAGCUUACGCCAUUCUCUUUGAGUCUUUUAAACUAUUUCAGAAGAGAAGGGAAUAGGCAAAUUUCACAUAUAGGGACAGGAAGGAGAAUACACUAAAAGAUACAAACAACCGUUUCCCAAAACAGAAUAGAAAAUUCAUUAAAAUUUAUGAAAUAUUUUCUUAUGAAAUGUAAUCUCUCUAAACUUAGCCAUUAUAUGAAAGUCAAUUCUUUAUAUACCACACUACAUUGACUGUUGACAUUCCUUAGAAUUCAUUUCCAUGUUUGUUAUUUGAAAAAGCAAAAGGACUCUAAUCCUUUCUUUUCUUUCCCAUGAUCUUUUUAAGAUUGAGGAUUUUUUUUCUAAAUAAAUCCAAAGAUUUUAAAGACUGAAAAUUGACAUUAAAAUUUAUCUUCUCAAAGCAAUGAUGUGUAACUCAGGCUGUCUUAUUCCUGUUUGUAGUAUAACUGUCAAGUGCUCAUUUAACCAUUCUUUAAAUGUUUCAAAUUACUCGGAACAAACCACAUUUCAGGGUGGUUUGUUUCUUUGGUUUUGUUUCCUCUUUUCUUUAUUUUGAAUUCUGGGAUACAUGUAGAG